UUCUGUGCCACCACCAAGACACGAAAAUGGUCAAGAAAGGCAAGGCGGCCAAGCCGGUCGCGUCGGCGGCGCAGUUGCUGGAGCGGGCAGAGACACUCGUGGAUCAACUGCAGCCCGAGCUCGCCAUCAAGUUUUUCCAGAAGGCGUCUGCGCUCGAACCGAACAACUCGGAAAUUUACGAUGCCAUUGGCGAGCUUGCCACCGAAAUCGGCGACCCCCAAACCGCACUCGACGCAUUCCUCAAGAGCAUCCAGGUGGCACCCAAGCACAACCCCGGCAAAUACUUGUACGCGGCCCAGCUCGUGCAAGGCGAGGAGAGCGAAAAGUUUGCUUUACAAGGCAUUGCCAUCAUGACCGAGUUGUUGGCCAACGUGCCUGCCCAUCUGGACGAAUCUAAGUUAUUGAAGAAGCAGAUCUGCGACGCGUACUGCAGCUUGACCGAGCUAUACAUGUCGGACCUGUGUGACGCGGACGACGCUGAAGCCAAGUGCGAACACUACCUCCAAGAAGCGCUAAAGUACGACUUGGGGCUGCCGGACGCGACGCAGGCGAUGGCGAACUUUCGCCUCGUGCAACAACGAAAGGAGGAAGCCAUCGAGUAUUUGGACGAGACCGUCAAGCGGCUGAACGCGUGCGACGAGCACACGAUGCCGUCGCUGGAAUUUCGCAUUGUGACGGGAAAGUUGCUCGUCGAGGUGGAGAAGUACGAGCAAGCGGCGUACGUGCUGGAAGGGGUCAUGCAGGAGGACGACGAGAACGCCGAGUUGUGGUUCUUGGUCGGAUCGUGCUACAACGCAUUGGAAGACUACGACACAGCGCUCGAAUUCCUCGAGCGCUGCGAAGCGAUGCUGACCAAGCUGCAGAAAGACCUGGGCGACGAAUUUCAGCUUCACCAGCAACUCGACACGGUGCAGUCGCUGAUAGAAUCGAUCAAGCAAAUCGAGCCUGUCGGGGACGCUGACGAUGCGGAAGACCACGACAUGGAAUAGCGUCGACAAUGUCCGAUGAUAUCUCAAAUUAUGCUACCCUUUUGCCACGAUUGCCAUGGGGUAUAGUUCCUGUGCAGGGGGCAUGCAACUGCAGCCCACGCC